AUGGCGACAGCGCUCCAUUAUAUCACUCUCGAUGUCUUCACCACAAAGCGCUUCGAAGGGAAUGCCCUGGCCGUUGUUUUCCUUGAAACUCCAGAACAGAUAACCCAGGAGCAAAAACAGCUUGUGUCACGGGAGUUCAACUAUUCAGAAACAAUUUUCGUUCAUCCACCUGUUACUGGACAACACACUCGCAAAAUCGAUAUCUUUACGUUAGAUCGGGAGCUGCCUUUUGCAGGCCACCCCACCAUUGGGGCAACAUAUUGGUUCCUUCGAUCUAAAGGGUAUGGCACUACCGAGGUGCCACCGUCGACUCUUAUUACAAAAGCUGGAGAGAUCCCUAUUUCUCCUGGUCCUGAAAAUCAGAUAGUGGGCGCAUCAAUCCCGCAUAACGUGCGUAUCCAUGCAGCGAGAAUGUCGCUUGCGGAGCUUCUCAGACUCCAUCCGGAACUGGAACCGUAUCUCGACGCUAGUACUAAUGCCGAUGGGUUUCCGGUGGUGUCCAUUGUCAAAGGCAUGUCUGCUGUGCACGUUUGCGUGCCUAACCUAGAGGCACUGGGGAAAAUCACCACUCCUACAGGUGGGUAUGAGAUUCCCGCUGGUACGCCAGCAGCGGGUGGAUACCUUGACGAUGGAUGGGAUGUUCCUGGACAUGUGGCAAUUUACUUCCGAGUUCACAAUAUCUGGGACAAAAAGUUGCAGAAGACCGUGAUUCGCAGCCGGAUGUUUGCUGGGACACUGGAAGAUUCUGCCACUGGCAGUGCGUGCAGUGGGAUGUGUUCUUACUUGAGCUUGAUGGAGGGCAAAUCAGCAACAUACCAGGUGGUACAAGGGGUUGAGAUGGGGGGGAGAAGUGAGAUCGGAGUGUGUGUGGAGUUAGAAGGGACAGGAGAUAAGGUCCGAUCCGUUCAAUUGCAAGGGACUGCUGUUAAGGUUGCUGAAGGAGAUAUCCUGGUUAGCAAUGAAUAA